CAACAAGACAACACAGUUUACUUCCGUGGUUUGCGUGUAUCGCAAGAAACACGAGGGCGAGUCCAAAGUUGGACCUGCUUUCAUCCGUUAAAUAGGCUAGUAUUUUCACCACCACAAAGAGGGGUUACAGUCUCUCACAACUUUUCCCGUGGUUCCCUUUCGGCUUGUUGGACUGGAUAUUAUUUAUUUCGGGACUAGUUUUGUGAAUCGGAUCCGGAGGGGUUCUCUCUAGACAAUCUUUUUUCUCGCUCAUUUGGAAACGUGCCUCUCAUAACGAAAUUACUUACAUAUGAUCCGCUAGCAGAACGGGCUAUAACGUUUAUUGAGUAGGAAGUGUUUUGCUGGGAGAUGAUGACAGAGGUCAGGCUCAGCUAAUGGGCGACUGAAGAGGAGAGGAGGCGAGGCACAGACCAGGAACACAUACAUUAAUACACGAGUGCUAUCACCAAUCAGCAUAGGGAAUUUAAAUUUUCCACCCGAGAUCAGUUGGAAACUAUAAAAGACAAACUGUCUGAGGACGAUUUUUCAGAACUUCAGAGUCUUCUCCUUAUUGUAAACGAAGUAUAUCAGCGAGGAUACGAAGGCUGUUGGAACUAUGCCUCAACAAGAAUACUAUAACCGGGCCACGUGGGAGUCUGGCGUCGCGUCCAUGAUGCAAAACAAGGUGUAUGACAUCUGUAACGAAGGUCACAGUGGAGUGAACCAGCUCGGCGGUGUGUUCGUCAACGGCAGACCGCUGCCAGACUCCACGAGACAGAAAAUAGUUGAACUCGCUCACAGUGGCGCGCGCCCUUGUGACAUAUCCCGGAUUCUGCAGACCCAUGCUGAUGCAAAAGUCCAAGUGCUGGACAAUGAAAACGUGUCGAACGGCUGCGUGAGUAAAAUCUUGGGUAGAUACUAUGAAACGGGCUCCAUCAGACCCAGGGCGAUCGGAGGAAGUAAACCAAGAGUAGCGACCCCCGAGGUGGUCGGCAAAAUUGCCCAGUACAAGAGGGAGUGUCCGUCAAUCUUCGCGUGGGAAAUCCGAGACAGGCUGCUAUCAGAUUGUGUCUGCACAAACGAUAAUAUACCCAGUGUGUCAUCGAUAAACAGAGUACUGCGCAACCUGGCUAGCGAAAAGCAACAGAUGGGCGCAGAUGGCAUGUAUGAAAAGCUGAGGAUGCUGAACGGUCAGACCGGCACGUGGGGGACCCGGCCGGGCUGGUACCCCGGAACCUCAGUGCCAGGACAGCCCAAUCAAGACGGCUGCCAGCAGUCAGAUGGAGGCGGUGAGAACACAAACUCAAUAAGCUCCAAUGGAGAGGAUUCAGAUGAGACCCAAAUGAGGCUUCAGCUAAAAAGAAAACUGCAAAGAAACCGCACAUCUUUCACACAAGAACAAAUAGAAGCACUUGAAAAAGAGUUUGAGAGAACACACUAUCCUGAUGUUUUCGCACGAGAGAGACUAGCUGCAAAAAUAGAUUUACCAGAGGCAAGAAUACAGGUAUGGUUUUCGAACAGAAGAGCAAAAUGGAGGAGGGAGGAAAAGUUAAGAAAUCAAAGAAGACAAGCCACAAACUCUUCGAGUCACAUACCCAUCAGUAGCAGCUUCAGCACUAGUGUUUAUCAGCCAAUCCCUCAGCCCACAACGCCAGUGUCCUUCACAUCAGGCUCUAUGUUGGGAAGAUCAGACACAGCCCUCACAAACACAUACAGCGCCCUGCCACCAAUGCCAAGUUUCACCAUGGCCAACAACCUUCCUAUGCAACCCAGCCAGACCUCAUCCUACUCCUGCAUGUUGCCCACUAGUCCUACGUUGAAUGGGCGGAGCUAUGACACAUACACCCCACCGCACAUGCAAGCACAUAUGAACAGCCAAUCAAUGGCCCCCUCAGGCACAGCCUCAACGGGUCUAAUCUCGCCUGGAGUUUCUGUACCAGUCCAAGUACCAGGGAGUGAGCCAGACAUGUCGCAGUACUGGCCCAGACUACAGUGAGAAAAAGACAUUCUAGGACAAAAAAGAAAAAGAA